CCAAAACUCACAUGACAUAUAAACAAAACGUAAUCAAUCACAAAACAAACAGAAAUACCAAACACAGAAAUAGGGCUACACACGCCACACGCUCAAAAACGAUAAAAAAAAAAGAAAGAAGAAAGAAAGAAUGGAUUCACCGGACCCUCCAGCAAGGAAACCCAAAUUCUCAUCGAUGAGCCGGCAGAAGCCCGACGCAUCGAACACGAAGGAUUCGAUACGGAAGCGCAUGUUCCGAUUGAAGUUCUCGCCCACCGAAUCGGUGGCCGUGAACCUGCGCGAAUAUGGCUUGAUGCAGACCUCUCGGCAGGCCGAUACGCCGUAUCCGCGGAUCGAGCAGCCCGUCGAUCCGAGUCUGCUGAAGGCCCGUCUGGUGGAGAGCAAACAUAUCCAUUCCAGUUCCAGCAAGGGCCUGAAGACGGUGUCCUCCAAUCAGUCGACUUACAGUGCGGAUCCAGACGGCACCCAUAUGCCGCCCACACCGAGUGUGGAGGCGGGCCCAGGACCCGUGCGGGACAGUACCAGCCUUCUGCUGGGCACGCCGCAUCCCCGCAAGGGCCAGGCCAUCGAUCCCAAGUCGCUCAUCCGACGACUGAGUGUCGCCAAGACCAAACGUAACUCGUUGGGGGCACAGCGGAGCUCCUACGGACAUCUUCCUGCCUCGCGCGCCUCCUUGGAACGUGGACGGACUUCUGACGGCGGAGCACGCUCCUCGCACAACCUCAUGUCUCCGGCUAUCAAAGGAGCCCUCGGCAUUGGCACGCCGCAUCCAAAGAAGGGCUACAUCCUGAAUGCUCGGGAGCUGACCAAACACCUGGAGGCCACCACUGGGGCAGAGCCCCACACUGCUCCCGCUCCGAAGAGCUCACGGCGCCGUCGAAGGAGCAAGCAGGUGACCGUUGCCUUGAAGUUCGCCCACAUCGAGGAUGUCAAGUCCACCUCCUGCCUAAGCAUGAAUUCGGGGCGCCAGACCGGCUCCUUCCUCACCAGCGACGGCAGCAUCCUGACGGUCACCAGUCGCGAUUCCGGCACCAUGAAGCCGUCCUUCGAGGAGCGGCGGCGUCUCUUCUACCAGGACGAGUUCACCAUUGCCAAAAACGGGCGAAAGAUGAGCGACAUCAUCAUGGCUGUGCCGCAGAAGCCGGUGGUGGAGCACAAGGACAAGGGCCAUGACCAGGAGGUGGACACCGAGCUCGAGGAGUUUAUACGGACGCAGGGUCUGAUCAAGACGCAACGCGAUCAGCUGACAAUCACAAGGAUGCCGUCCGCGGCAUCGUCGCGACGGCAGAGCGAAACGGACUCCGUGCGGAGCUAUCGUUCGCGCAGCAGCCGCAGGAGCUCCACGCAUCAAGGCAUGAAGCGCAAUCGCACACGAAGGAACAUCAAGUUCAGUUCGUCAGAGAGGGAAAAGAGAACGUAUUCAGAUUGAGAAAAGAAAAGUGGGUAAAAAAAACAGCUCCCACUUUUCCUUGCUCACUAUGAGCAGCGCGCUCCUUUGCCCAGCCGUUAUUUGAGCAAAUUUCCAGUCUAGUUCUUACUUUAAGUAUCUUUCCCUUCGAUCUGAUCAUAUUUAAUUUAUAAUAAUUUAAAGCCAUUUUAAAAUAUUAUUUAAUACCAAAAUAGGAUCCUAAAGCUGACUUAAGUUCAGGGAAAUACAAAAAUUGUAUUCCAGGCAUCUCCAUGCCCUUUUCCUUAAUUAAAUAUCAAAGCUAAAAA